AUACAUGUAUAUAUCGACAAGAUGUCUUCAUCCAUACACUUAAGUGACUCCAUUUUGUUCUACAGUCCGCAGAUGUAAACAUCGUUGUACCAUAAUCACGACAUCUUGCUCGCCUAAACUCCAUAUUAACAUCUUUCCCUCUCUCUCUAUAAAAGCUUCCAGCAACCGUAACCGUCGUCUUCCAUCCCAUCACAUUCUCUCUAAAGUUGUAGCUGCGUAUACUAGCUAGAAGAAACAGUUGGAAAGAGACAUUAAUUUAAAUUGAGUUGGAAAUCAGAAUCUUGGAAAUGGUGAAUAUUCCGGUGAGGUUCGAACGGGUGGCGGCCGCCUUUGACGAGAUGUCGAGAGAUAGGUCGUUCGAGAGCAGCGGCAGCGAACACUCGGCCGAUUUGUCUGAUCUUGUCAACUCCUUCUUCGAGAGAGAAAUUAGGGAGCAGGGCAUCGGCGGAGAUGCCGAUCCAGACGGAAAUGAGAUUGAGAUCGACGACGAUGAAUCUGAAAGUAACUCGCAGGACUCCCAAUUUCAUGAUUCCUUGAGAAAAUUAUUUGAUCGUCAGGAUGGCGGCGUCCGGAGAAGAAUUUCUGCUGCGGUGGAGAAGGCGUUGGAAGCCGUUGGCGAUAAGGAUUCGUCGCCGGAAUUCAAGCGCCGGCUAAUGGCCCGGUUGCGUAGUAGUGGCUUUGAUGCCGGCAUUUGCAAAUCCAAGUGGGAGAAGAGCGGCAGCACCCCGUCGGGGAAUUACGAGUACAUAGACGUGAAUGCAGGCGGCAGCCGCUACAUAGUGGAAGUUCCCUUCGCCGGGAAGUUCACAAUCGCGCGUCCGAGCGCCGCCUACACGGCGUUGCUGGAUGGAUUUCCGACGAUCUUCGUGGGCAAAGCUGAGGAGCUGAAACAAGUGGUGAGGCAAAUGUCGAAGGCGAUAAGGAAGUCGUUGAAGAGCGUCGGGCUAACCGUGCCGCCGUGGCGACGGUUGAGCUACAUGCAGGCCAAGUGGUUGGGCUCCUAUAAACGAACCACUAAUGAAAUUCCAAGAGCUGAGGCCUUCAAGGAUUUGGGGGGAAAUAGAUUGGUUGGUUUUACGGCGGCGGCGCCGGUAUUGUCCUUCUGCAGAGGCGAUUUUACGGCCAAACAUGGCGUUAGAGUUGGUAAUCUGGCUGCGGCUUUGGCCAAUGAGGGAAUGCUGCUCUAAAUUGUUCAUGCAAAUGCAAGCCUACUUAGAUUUCGCAAGAUUGGGGCUCUAAUUUUCCAGUCGUUCUUCACAAAUUAAUGAUUCAAGGACAGCUGGCCUCCCGAUUUUGCUUCAAGGCAUAUCAGAUUGUAUUUUAGUUGCCUUUUGUUUAUUUAAGAUGUAUAUAUAGAUCUUGUGUGAUUGUUUGUUUAUAUACUCCAUAAAAUAAUCGAUAGGAUCAAUAUAUGUUCCCAUUUUCCUUUUUCCAAA